AUGACUGCUAUUCUCAUUCAAGCGCGAGCAACUUCAGUAGAAAAUUGUAAAUCCGAGAAAUUACGCGAACUGGUCUUAGAAACAAUCGGUUUAUUUCCUCAUCAGUAUAGUUAUCAAGCUAGGUACAUGAAACAACAAGCUGAAUUACGUUUUGGUAACUGGUGGUCAGCCGUAAUUAUAGGUGAAAAAGGUGGCUAUGGAAUGAGUGCCGUAUAUGACCAAUAUACUAAUACCAGUUGUGAGCUAAGGAUUUUCGACACUUAUUACUGGAUUGGCCGAACAAGCUGA